UUAAAAUGUUUAUCUAAACUUUAGUUUAAAUGAUGAAAAUUUUCUGUUUCAUAUUCUUAAACAACCAGUGACAAGGAUAAGCUAUUUUCAAAUUUACCAUUUCUCUUCAUAAGUAAACUACAUAAAGGACUUCUUAAUUGUCUUUCGAUGGAGUAAUUGUUCCAAAACUGGAUAAAAUGGACGAUAAAGUCGCUCGUCUUCUUUGUCAACUUAAAGAGGGUAAAGAAUUUACGAAGGGUCAAGUACAGGAAGCAUUGCAAUUUUAUCAGUCAAUCAUCGAUGAAAAAAAAGCGUUACAUGAUUUUUGUGAACUUGAUGGAAAAAAUAUUAACAAGGACAAUGCCACUGGUCAUCUUAAUAAGGAAUUACAACAAGUCCAGGUGGAUAAUCGUGUUUUAAGUAAAGAGGUAGAUUACUACGUGCGCAAAGCUUCUGAAUCCGCGACCAUAGGGAAUACAAGACAGUUUGAGAAAGAGUAUGAACACAGUGAUGAAAUCAAAACGCUAGCAGCCGAGCUGAAACAAGCGCAUUUGGAUCUCCAGUUUACUAAACAAAAGCUGAAAGAGUCAGAGGAUAUAAUAGAAAACUUCAAGAUCCAGUAUGAAAAGCAAAGAGAUGAAAAUACUCCGGUAAAAAUGCAACUUGAACAAUAUAAGAGUGAAAAGGAAAGCAUAAAGAGUCAGCUUGACAAGAUAACGAAAGAUUACGAGGCAGCAAUAAGAAGUCUCAAUCAUUACAAAGCCAGUUCAGCAGAUCUAGCACAACAACUUGAAAAGUUAAGGUUAGAUUACAAAAAUGAAAUUGACCGCUACACAAAUAAGGAGAAGCUUAGUAGGAAAAUAUAUGAGGGAGCCGAACAUAAAAACGAAGAGCACCAUCAGCAUAAAGAACAAACUCAACCAAAAGCCUUUGAAAAGCUACGACAGGAAAAUACACAACUGAAAGAAGACAAGUUGAAGUUAUCAGAGCAGAUAAACGAAUUGAGGAAUAGGCUGAGUGUUUUGGCUGGACACAAAUUAACGGAUGGAAACCCUGCAAUAGCAGAUCUUAGUGAUCCAUUUAGACCAACAAAUAUUGCGGAGCAAUUUAGACAACUUUACGAUGACGAGUGGACAUGUGCUUUCGAAGAACUUGGAGUAUCAUUUGAAAGAGAUGAAGAAAUAAUUGACUUCUUAGCUUGUAUAAUCAAGGAUAUUGAUCGGUUUUGUAUCAGAGCAGGCUCUCAGCAAUUGGAACACCUGAAGUAUUUUGCGAAACUUGUUAUACAAGAUCCGGAAUAUCAGCCAGACGCAAAAGAGGAAAAGGGGAAUAAGGUGCUGAAAUGUGACCAGAUAAUUCCUAUGACCAGGGCACAAGAAGAGCUUGCAGACAAAAUGCUUAAAGACUUUAGAAAGUCUCUUGGGAUGAUAUCAAAGACUCCGCUUUUGGUGAUUUUUCGCCAAGCUUCUAAAUCGAUCAAAGACAAAAUAGGGCCUAAACCUCCGAAAGGAUUGGAAGAUUUCUUAGAGAAAGCUUUUGAACUUAUCUGGGUCAUGAAGAUGCAAGAUCCAGCAAUGGAGUUUGUUUGGAGUAAACCUGGUGACAACUUUGAUAAGAAUAUGUACACACAUUAUACUAAACGAGGAAGCAAGGUUGCUCAGUGCAUUUGGCCAGCCAUCGUCCUUCAUAAAGCCGGACCGUUGAUGUCAAAAGGUGUUGUGCAAGGAAAUUAAAUCAUUCGUUAUAGAAUGUUGUAUAUAGAACUGCAAAAAGCAGGUACCUGAAAUAUAACAUUCAAGUAUGAUAAGAUGAAGUUUUAAAAGGGUUUUCCUGUGAACAAUACGGCUUAAAGAGAGGCAAAAUGUCUAUGUUUAUUCAAUAAGCCAUACAUUCAUUUAUACACAAUUUCUGUUUAAUUUUUUGAUUGCCAUUUCCCGAUUGUUUGUGAUAACGGAUAAGUAAAAUGAUCUGUUUUUGUGAUUAUACUGAUAUAUUUUUAAAGUGAAUUUUGACGUGAAUUAAAUUUUGAGUGCUUAGUAUUUUAUUCGUAAUGCACAAUGCAUAAAAGAACAUAUGUGAAUCUGAUAGAAUAAAAGAUUGAGAAUGACAAAGAAAAUAAGUAAAUAUAUGAAUUAUCACGAACGUUCAUGAACUGGCUCAAUCAAACCGAUCCUGCAGAAGUUUCGUUUGUGCUGAUUUGAUUUUCACAUUGUCUAUUUUACUACUUCUUACUGCUUAUGAAUAUCAUACUAGUACGUUUGGAUGCAACGUGAACACAUUUCAUGGACGUGAGAGCACAAUGUUGCAAUGCAAAUAAACAGUGUACUUACAUAGACUUGGAGAUAAUUAUUCAAAAACCAAUGUGUAUGAUAAAUUCUUUACUUUAAUGAAAUAAGCUUUUUCUCUCGACUUUUUAUCAUGGAAAGGUCAUUUGUCUGUGGGUAGAUCUACUUGUACUUAUAUUAAUUAGUUCACUUUUAGUAAGUCCCAUAUCAUAGUCAAUGAAUGACAACAUACCAUUUCUCUUCAUGUGACACAAUAAUCGGUGUUACUGGCAAUUACAUAAGUCCGAUAUGAUAAUCAUGUAAAAUCAACAUAUCAUUUCUCUUUAUUUGACACAAAAAUCGGUGUAACUAGUAAAAAAAGUAAGUUUGAUGUCAUAGUCAUGCAAAAUCAACAUAUCUUCUGUCAAUGAGACACAUUAAUCUGUGUUAAGGCUAAUAACAUAAGUUUGAUAUAAUAUAUAUGGAAAGACAACAUCUCAUUCCACUUCACGUGGCAUAUUAUUCGAUGUUACUGGUACAUGUAAUUACAUUGUCAAAUUAGCAAUAAUAAAGAAAGCAAAGGGA